AUGCCUAGCCUCGAGAUCGUCAACUUCAACAUCGUCUGCGCAACGAUCGGCGGCUUCAUCACCCUCUUCGGCCUCGUCUCCUACCUGCUCAAAGAGAAAUUCUACCUCUCCGAAGCCCUAAUCAGCACUCUCGCCGGCGUAGUCUUCAGCCCACACGCCACAAACUGGAUCAAACCGCUCGACUUCGCGAAUGGGAACGCCGUCGAUCUCGAGACCAUAACCCUCUACUUCACCCGCUUAGUCUUGGGCGUGCAGUUGGUGUUGGCGGGCGUGCAGUUACCUAGUAAGUACCUGUGGAAACAAUGGAAGAGCCUGAGUAUCCUGCUGGGGCCGGGGAUGUGUUUGAUGUGGAUAAGCACGAGUCUGUUGGUUUGGGCGCUGGUGCCGAACAUCAAUUUCCUAUUCGCUCUUGCAGUAGGAGCGAGCGUGACGCCUACGGAUCCCAUUUUGAGUAACAGCAUCGUGAAGGGCAAAUUCGCAGAUAAGAACAUUCCGGGACCGUUGCAGAAGAUUAUUAUUGCUGAGUCCGGUGCGAACGAUGGGCUGGGAUAUCCUUUCCUGUUUCUCGCGCUGUACUUGAUCAAGUUCACGGGCGAUCAUGGGCUCGGGGUAGAAGGUGGGGCGGGAAGAGCAAUGGCGUUGUGGUUCUACGAGACGUGGGCUUAUACGAUCCUGAUGUCUGUUGCUUAUGGGGCUGUGGUGGGGUGGAUAGCGAAAGAGUUGUUGCAUUGGGCUGAAGAGAGGCAUUACGUUGAUCGGGAGUCUUUUCUCGUCUUCGCCAUCACACUCGCUCUCUUCAUUGUCGGCACUGUCGGCAUGCUCGGCUCCGACGACGUGCUCGCCUGCUUCAUAGCUGGUAAUGCUUUCACCUGGGACGACUGGUUCCGGCUAGAAACAAUGGACGACAGCCUUCAACCCACUAUCGACAUGCUUUUGAACGUCGCAAUAUUUAUGUGGUUCGGCGCCGUCUGCCCCUGGCACUCAUUCGUGGAUAACAGUGUGAUCCCAAUCUACCGCCUGAUACCCCUCGGGAUCCUGGUCUUACUUUUGAGGCGUCUACCAAUGGUCCUGCUCUUCCACAAAAAGAUCCCGCAAAUCGAGGAGCUCACCCACGCCAUGUUCGUAGGCUUCUUCGGCCCCAUCGGCGUGAGCGCCAUCUUCUACCUCUACAUCGCGCGGCAAUUCCUGCGCGAAAUCGAAGUCGACGGCCAGGAACGCGAAGAUGCAGCACGUCUAAGCGAAGUCUUGAACGUGGUGAUCUGGUUUCUGGCAGUCUGCUCCAUCUUCGUGCACGGUCUUUCCAUUCCAUUGGGCAAGCUGGGGUUCUACUUGCCGCGAACGAUCAGUACAGCCAUCUCAUCCGAGCGUGUAUCGGCGAGUCAGAGUAUGGCACGGACUGACGAUGACGAGCCGAGUGUGCCAUCGAUCGGUGCAGCGGCUAUGAACGAGGAGAGAACAUUGAUGUCGCAUUUCAGACGCAGACGGUUGCCCACGAGUGAACGAGGCGAAGCACAAACCAAAAAGCGGAGCUGGGUACCGAGGAGUUUUGCAAAGGCAGCCCAGCACGUAGCAGACGACCUCACUCGACCGGCCAACCAAAAAGCCCAUCACCGUCAAAACGAAGCGAACAAGGACGCUACUGGAAGCGGAAGUUCUUCCUCAGGCGGCUCGCCGGAUACCAAUAAUGAUCACGGUGGUGCACGACCCGAUAUCUCUGGCCCUAGAAAUGCCAGGUUGAUCGGCCAUGCUAUCAAUGAUCCGCCUGUUAGUAUUGAUCGUGCUGGUAUUGAGGAUGGGGAUGAGGAUGGGCCGAAGGUCAAUGUGACGAGUCCCGUGGAGUCGCCUGCGAGGUCGAGGAGGCAGAGUCUUGAGGGGAGCGGGGUUGAGACGCCCACGGCCGUGAGGGCUGGGGGUUGGCAGAGGAGUAUUCGGUUUGGGGAUGAGGCGAAGGCGGAGGUUGCGGGCCCUGAAGGGUUGAGAGAUGCACGAUGA